CUCCAUACCUCCAUGUGCCAUCCUCCAUCUUGAGAAAAAAUCAGAUUUUAUAUCUACCUAGUCCCUGCCUGGUCUAGCAUUGCACCUCCCACCAUCAAGAUGCUUAUGUAAUAAGAUUCAUACACUUAUUACCAUUCUCGCCAUUCUUGCAAAUUUGAGUAGCUCGGGUACGGUACCUACAUACCUGGUAGUAAGUACAUCGCGGGAUCCAAGAGCCAGGUACCUAUCAUUCGGUUUACUCUUUUUUUUUCUCCUUAUCUGAUUGUUUUUGGUACCUAUUUCAUACAUUCAUCGUACAUUCAUACACAAACCAUUCGGGAAGUUCUUUAUUGUACUAAAAUAUAAUAAAUCCAAUAUCGCCCACCUACCUACGUGCAAGGUUCCGUUGCUUGCCUAUACUUUGAACACCAUCUAGAAAGCGAUUUCAAUCCUCUAUUCUAUGGGCGCAGAACAAUCUUCGUCGCGUGGUGGGGAUGCACAAAAUAAUGGCGGGGUAGUCAUGAAAACAUGUUACUACGAAUUGUUGGGCGUCGAACGACAAGCUUCAGAUGAUGAGAUCAAAAAGGCUUAUAGGAAAAAAGCGCUGGAACUUCAUCCCGAUCGAAAUUAUGGCAAUGUUGAAACUGCCACCGCGAAGUUUGCCGAAGUUCAAUCUGCCUACGAGGUCUUGUCAGAUCCACAAGAAAGAGCCUGGUAUGACUCUCAUCGAUUAUCAAUCCUAGGAGGCGGUGAUCCUGCGGAAGACGACUUUGCAGACAAUGUUCGAAUAACGAGCGCAGCGCAUAUCAUAAGCUUGAUUGGAAAAUUCGAUUCCAGUGUCCCCUUCACGGAUGCUCCGAAUGGGUUCUUUGGUAUACUUCGAGAGACAUUCGCAACUCUUGCAAGAGAGGAGAAAGCAGCAUGCGAUUGGGAUGGCCUUGAAUUAGUCGAUUAUCCUGAUUUUGGGAGCGCUGAGGAUGACUAUGAGGACGUAGUCAAAUCCUUUUAUAGAGCCUGGGUGAACUUCACAACUCAGAAGUCAUUUUCAUGGAAAGACCUCUACCGGACCUCCGAUGCGCCGGAUAGGGCAACCCGCCGAUUGAUAGAGAAAGAAAAUAAAAGGUCCCGGGAUGAGGCCAAAGCAGAGUUUAAUGAUGCCGUCAGACAUCUCGUUCUAUUUGCGCGAAAGAGGGAUCCCCGCUUUACUCCGAAUUCACAAACCCAGGAGGAGAGACAGAAAAUAUUGCGGGAUGCUGCAUCGGCCCAGGCAGCUCGUAAACGAGCGGCAAAUCAAGCCAAGUUGAACAGCUAUGUAGUUCCGGACUGGGCGAAAUCCGAUGAAUCUGAAGGUGCAAUCGAAGAAUCAUCUGAAGAGUCUGAGGUUGAAGUAAUAGAGUGCGUUGUUUGCAACAAGACAUUCAAAAGCGAGAACCAAUUUGAGGCGCACACGAAAAGUAAAAAACAUACCAAGGCCGUACAGGCUAUCCAGAAACAAAUGCGCAAAGAGAACAAGUCUCUACACUUGGAUACACCACCGGAACCAAAGGGUAGUGACCUUGAUGAUGGUUUCGAAAGACUUGAAGUUACGUCAGAAAAUGGGAACCCUGAGUCUGCUUUCGAUGGUGCAACUGAAGCUGAAGAAGCGAGACGCUUGCCAUAUGAUCACGACUUGAAUGCCGGCAAAUUAGACGGUCCGGUCAAAGACGAUUCCGAUAUCGACAGCCUAAAUGAUGAUUACGCACCCAGGGCAGCAGUUGAGGAAAGACUAGCGGCAGCAGUAUCGGGAGAUACACUCUCUCCUGAACCCGAGGAUCUGGACCCUGGUCAAGAUUCAACCAAAGAUAUAGAGCAAGAUGCUUCUAGCGAUCCUACUCCAAAGAAACCUCUUGGAAAAGCGAAAAUGAAACGUGCCAAGAAAGCUGCUCAAAAAGAACCUGCAGGGUUGCAGGGCGAAAAUUUUAAAUGUGCCAAUGUGACAUGUCAUGAGUCGUUCUCCUCAAAGAGCAAACUCUUCAAUCAUAUCAAAGAAUUUGGCCAUGCCUCGCCCGUACAAAAAGCUGGCAAUUCAAAAAAGAGGAAAUAAAAAAAUGGGAGCUAAAUUAUGAAGUUUAGAGCAUUGAAUGUGGUUUACUAUAGCUUUAUACCCUUAUUUACAUUGAAGAUUAACUAAUCAGCCCAUUCAUCAUUUCUAAACCGAUCUAUUCGACGAU